GUUGUAGUUGACAUUUGACGGACGUUUUAUUAUUGUUAGUAAACGGCCGAUUUCUUGUUAUUUUACUAUUUCCUAAUAUUUUAAUUACAAAAAUGAAAGUGGACGUGCAGCAGAAUGUCGACAAGCCAAAAAUACCACUGCCGACGCUCUCUCAAAUAAAUGCUGAUCGAAUAACACUCCUUGCAAACCAGUACUGGUCUCCGCAAACCCAAGAGAAUCACUUACCCUAUGAUGCUGCAAUUGUGGAGUCAAUAUACCAUGCAGAGAUUCUUGAGUCCAAUUUCGCAGUUCGUCGUAUCAUGAUGCUGGAGUUUUCCCAAUAUAUGGAGAACUAUUUGUGGCCACACUAUGAGGCAGGGAAAGCGUCACAUGCUCAUAUGAUGUCAAUUAUUGUCAUGAUCAAUGAGAAAUUUAGAGAACGAGUUCCUGCUUGGCAGGCAUUUCUCAAAAAGCCUGAACACUUUCCCGCCUUCUUCGAACAAGUGCUAAGAGCCAGCGUUCUGGAGGAAACGAGAAAUAUGCGCGAGCAGACAGCAUUGCUUCUAUUUCUGAACCAUUGCUUUGGCAGUAUGGAAGUGCAGCUAUGUAGGGACCAAGUCAAGAGGCUGGUCUCUCUCAGUAUGUGGAUCAGUUUGCAAGAAGGAAGAAGGAAUCAAGAGUUCAAAGCCGUGCCAAAAUGGCGUAAGUACUGGCGCGCUAUCCAGAAGAAAGACAAGCCGGAGCUCAUGGAGAAGUUGCUGUGGGAGCGGCGCUACUUGCAGCGGCUGAUGAUCAAAUUCAUGCGUAUCCUGGAGAGCAUUCCUGAAACGGGGGACUUUGAUGCUUACGCGGUCAAGUAUUGCGAGCGGUUCCUCGAGCUGAUGAUAGACCUGGAGGCGCUGUUGCCCACGCGCCGGUUCUUCAACACGGUGAUGGAUGACUGCCAUCUUGUGGUCCGGUGCCAGCUGGCGCCCCUCGCACGAAGAGUGGAAGGUCAGCUGUUCGUACAGCUGUUGCAAAUGCUGAAGUUCUACGCUCGGUUUGAGAUCAGCGACGAGAGCGGCGACCCCAUGACAGACCGGGACAUGACUCUGCUGCAUUACUCCAGGAUCACUUCCCUGCAGAAAGCGGCAUUUUCAAAGUUCCCAGAUCUAAGAUUAUUCGCCCUCGCAAACGUCGCCAGCGUCGACACCAGGGAAUCCUUGCAAAAACACUUUGGGAAUCUGAGUGAUAAGGCACUGCGAGCAAUUGCUACGUACCUAAACCUUGUCCCGCCGGAGGACAAACUAGACGAAGCGCCGUGGCAUCGACUGGAUAAAGAGUUCCUUAAGGAAUUAUUGAUAUCCCGGCACGAACGUCGCAUCUCCCAAUUGGAGGAACUGAACUCGAUGCCCUUGUACCCGACUGAGGAGAUCAUCUGGGACGAGAAUGUGGUGCCCACGGAGAUAUACAGCGGGGAGAACUGUCUCGCUCUGCCAAAACUCAACCUGCAGUUCCUUACGCUGCACGACUAUCUGCUGAGGAACUUCAAUUUGUUUCGAUUGGAGAGCACGUAUGAAAUCCGGCAGGACAUUGAGGAUGCGGUUUAUCGACUGGCGCCGUGGCGAGCUGAAGAUGCAAGCGUAUACUUCGGCGGUUGGGCUCGAAUGGCACACCCGAUACAAAGCUUCGCAGUGGUGGAGGUGGCUAAGCCGAACAUAGGAGAGAAGGCGCCCUCCAGGGUGAGGGCUGACGUCACAGUCACGCUCAGCGUCCGGAAUGAAAUCAAAAACGAAUGGGAGAGCUUGAGGAAGCAUGACGUAUGCUUCCUCAUUACUGUCCAGCCGACGCAAGGAAUUGGCACAAAAUACGACUACAAAAAGAGUAUGGUGGAACAGGCCGGCAUAGUGUACGUAAGAGGUUGCGAGGUCGAAGGUAUGCUAGACUCGUCUGGGAGGGUCAUUGAGGAGGGACCCGAGCCGAGGCCUGAGCUGGACGGCGACUCGAGGACCUUCAGACUGCUUUUGGACCCGAACCAGUAUCGAUUGGAUUUGGACCAUGCGAGUAAAGGGAAAGAGGACGUAUACGAAACGUUCAACAUAGUGAUGCGCCGCAAGCCCAAGGAGAACAACUUCAAGGCGGUGCUGGAGACGAUCCGUGAGCUGAUGAACACGGAGUGCGUGGUGCCGGACUGGCUGCACGACAUCGUGCUGGGGUACGGGGACCCUGGACAGGCGCAUUAUACCAGAAUGCCCAAUGAGAUUCCGACGCUCGACUUCAACGACACAUUCCUGGACAUGGAACACCUGCGAAACAGCUUCCCCGGAUACGAGAUAAAAGUGAAAACCGACGAUCCGAGGAAACUUAUUCGCCCAUUCAAAUUGACGUUUGAAAACGUGGUGCGGAAACAAGAGGCGGGCGAUGAUGCAAUGGACGAAGACGACGCGCGCAAGGUGAUUGUAGUAGAGCCGCACGUGCAGCCGAAGCGGGGACCCUACCUCUACAAUGAACCCAAGAAAAACAACAUAUUGUUCACCCCCACCCAAGUGGAAGCCAUACGUUCGGGGAUGCAGCCUGGACUCACCCUAGUGGUCGGACCACCCGGAACUGGCAAAACCGACGUGGCUGUGCAGAUAAUCUCGAACCUGUACCACAACUACCCGUGGCAGAGAACGCUGGUGGUUACCCACAGUAACCAGGCCCUCAACCAGCUGUUCGAGAAGGUCGCCGAGCUGGACGUGGAUGAACGGCAUCUGCUGCGUUUGGGCCACGGAGAAGAGGCGUUGCAGACUGACAAGGAUUUCUCGAGAUACGGUCGCGUUAACUACGUGCUCGCGAAGCGGCUGGAGCUCCUGGAGCAAGUGUCGCGGCUGCAGAGCACGCUGAGCGCGGGCGGCGACGCGGGCGCCACGUGCGAGCUGGCGCACCACUUCCACGUGUACCACGUGCGCCCGCGCUGGCAGGCCUUCCUGCACACGUGUGCCAAGGAUCAGGCUAAAUCAACAGAGACGAUCAGCAAGGAGUUUCCAUUCCACGAGUUCUUCAACGACGCACCGAAGCCGCUGUUCCCGGGACGCUCCUACCAGCAGGACAUGGACAUUGCUGAGAGCUGCUACCGUUACAUAGACCACAUAUUCGAGGAGCUGGAGGAGUUCCGCGCGUUCGAGCUGCUGCGGUCAGGGCUGGACCGCUCCAAGUAUCUGCUGGUGAAGGAGGCGAAGAUCAUCGCCAUGACGUGUACACACGCCGCCUUGAAGCGAUCGGAGCUGGUGCAAAUGGGUUUCAAAUACGACAACAUACUAAUGGAAGAGUCAGCACAAAUCCUGGAAAUAGAAACUUUCAUCCCACUGCUGCUGCAAAAUCCUCAAGAUGGUCGCUCGCGUCUCAAGCGCUGGAUCAUGAUCGGCGACCACCACCAGCUGCCGCCGGUGGUCAAGAACAUGGCCUUCCAGAAGUACUGCAACAUGGAGCAGAGCUUGUUCACUCGUAUGGUGCGACUGGGAGUGCCGUAUGUGGAGCUAGAUGCACAGGGCAGAGCACGGUCUAGUAUCUGCAACCUGUACCGCUGGAGGUAUCGCAAUCUGGGUGACCUGGCGCACGUGUGCCGGCUGCCCGAGUACCGAGCGGCCAACGCCGGCCUGCGCCACGACUUCCAGCUCGUCAACGUGGACGACUUCAACGGCGCAGGCGAGACAGAACCCAGCCCUUACUUCUAUCAGAACUUGGCCGAGGCGGAGUACGUGGUAGCGGUGUUCAUGUUCAUGCGGCUGGUGGGCUGGCCCGCGCACCGCAUCUCCAUCCUCACCACGUACAACGGGCAGAAGCACCUCAUCCGUGACGUCAUCACCAAACGCUGCGCCGACAACCCGCUCAUCGGCAGACCGCACAAGGUGACGACAGUGGACAAGUACCAAGGGCAGCAGAACGACAUCGCGCUCAUCUCGCUGGUGCGCACGAAGGCGGUCGGGCACGUGCGCGACCUGCGCCGACUCAUCGUGGCCGCGUCGCGCGCUCGCCUCGGCCUGUACGUGUUCGCGCGCGCCAACCUCUUCAGGAACUGCUUCGAGUUGCAGCCUACCUUCAACCAGUUAGUGGAACGAUCGCUGGAGCUGGAGCUCGUCCCGGGGGAGCGCUACCCGGCGCAGCGCAGCGCCACGGCGAGCGUGCCCGAGGGGCUGGUGCUGCGCGUGCGCGACAUGCCGCACAUGGCGCGCUUCGUCUACGACAUGUACUUGGACAUCGUGCGCCAGACCGACCGCGACACGCAGGUGAGUGGCACGGUCGCUGCAGCUGGAGCUCGUCCCGGGGGAGCGCUACCCGGCGCAGCGCAGCGCCACGGCGAGCGUGCCCGAGGGGCUGGUGCUGCGCGUGCGCGACAUGCCGCACAUGGCGCGCUUCGUCUACGACAUGUACUUGGACAUCGUGCGCCAGACCGACCGCGACACGCAGAAAUUGCAAAAGUCGUGGAGUGCUCCGGGUUCGGGCGGACUCGACGCGCGGCCCGACCACUUCGUGCCCGCUCACCCUGGCGCCGCACCCGACUCUGACGACGAAGACGAGGCCGCCUCCGCCUCCGCCCCCGCCUCCGCGUCUGCCACCGCUACUGCCUUCACUCCCACCGACAUCGUCAAUGAAGUAGAAGAACCCAAUGUGUGAAUACAUUAUUAUCUAUACUUCUCUUGUUACUAUCACUUGAAAAAAACAAUAAUUUUACAAUAGAUAAUGUUAAACAUUAGAGAAAUUACGUGUUAUUUCAUUUUCGAUGCAAAUUUGUACUUUGUUUUUUGAUUGGAUCGUCACAGGUUUUGUCUUAAAUAAAAUUGUAAGUAAUAUAAAAUUGAAAUGUUCCAAAUUUAGUUAAUUUCAAUAUUAAGUUAAAUGUCAUUAAUUAGUGUAUUUCUAAGUACUGAACUCUCAUCCUUGUAAUUUAGAAUAAGUAAACUAAGUAAAUAAAAACAUUAAAUUUU